AUGUCUGCAGGAGGAGAGAAAUCCAAGUCUGCUUCCCAGACUGAUGGGAAGGCGGCUCAGAACAAGAUGUCUGAGACUGGCAUGAUGUCCCACAAGAUGAGUGUGUUUGACCAGGAGAACUUCCAAGGCCGCUGCAUUGAGAUCACCGGUGUAUGAGUGUGUGAGAUGGGGAUGGACAAGGUGCGCUCCCUGCGUGUUCACAGUGGUCCCUUCGUGGGCUUUGAGCAGAUGAACCUCUGUGGAGAGAUGUUCAUCCUGGAGAAGGGUGAGUAUCCUCGCUGGGACUCCUGGAGCAACUGCCAGAAGAACGACUACCUGCUGUCUUUCAGACCUGUCCGCAUGGACCCCGAGAAGCACAAGAUCUCCCUGUUCGAGAUUGGAGAGUUUAAGGGUCGCAAGAUGGAGAUCAUGGACGAUGAUGUCCCCAGCCUCCCCUCCUACGUUUUCACUGAUAGAGUUGGCAGCAUUUUGGUCAGCUGUGGAACUUUUGUGGGCUACCAGUUCCCCGGAUACCGUGGCAGCCAGUACCUGCUGGAAGGUGAAUUCAGACAUUUCAAUGAGUUUGGUGCCCGCAGCCCCAAGAUGCAGUCUAUUAGGCGCAUUCGCGACAUGCAGUGGCACCCACAUGGCUGCUACACUGUGUGAAACUCAGCGAGGGCGAGGAAGAGAGGGAUAGGAGGAGAGAUGGAGCACAUAGACAGAGGAGGAGGGAGAGCAAAGAAGGAGAGAAGAAAGGAGAGGGUGUAAUGCUUCUAUUUUCCAACUAUCUCUGGGCUGUCAAGGUACAGGACAGAGGGAAUACAGCAGGUUGAUAUUUUCGAUGUUGCAACAGUGUAAGCUAAUGACAAAGGAUGGUUCAUUCUAAAGAAGGAGAUAGUUACAUGAACUACUGACACUGUUUCUAGUCACACACCCUUUUUGUCCUCCCUCACACAUCAUCUGUUUGUCAGCUCACUUCUCCCCUCUCUCCUCUCCUCCCUCACUUCCUCUGUCCCCCUCAAACUACUAUUCCGCAUCUCACCAUGUCAGCUGUAACUCAGCCCAUUACAGACUGAAUGAUGUGUGCCAGUUUGGAUCUUUGUGUGCUCUUGUGUUAAGGAGCUGAGACAGUAAAAAAGCUACAAAAAGAUACGUGGCCAAAAUCCUCUGUGCUCAGACCCUUUAACCACAUCAACUUUGAACCCAAAUAAAGCAUUUCACACCCUG